GUCAGCUCGUAGGCUUAGGCGCCUUGCUCCAUGUUUCUCGACUUUCCUCCUAUUUGGCUCAGUCAUACCCCGUCCAUACCCCUUUGGAGUCGCGGCCUCUCUUAUUUUCCAUCGUCUCUUUGGAUUCCGUCCCUUUUCUUUUCCUUUCCGUCGUCUGCAAGAAACCCUUUCUCGUGUACGACCUGUGUCGCACACUGGCAGAGACUUUCCUGCAAGAGAAGCGCCGACACACCCCCUCAAGUAGAGCUUAUCCAGUGAAAUCUCUACUUUUCCAACAAACACCGCCUUGGGCAAAGACAAUCGUAUCGCUUCGCACCCUCCAUCUGCGUCUAUAGCGUCUCUCCCCUCCGACACGUACCGACAGACUGUAACCAUCUUUAACACGCCACCUCCCUAACUUUUUCUCUUUCGUUUUCUGACUGUCCUACCUUUUAUCGGUGACUCGCCGGGAACCAAAGUCAGAGAGCUGCCUCGCGUUGCAACGAAGACACAACAGAGCACAACGGGGCAACCAGCAAUCGUAACACGACAGCAGACGAACGGUACUGCUACUCCCAAGAGAGCUCACAAAGACCCCGCAAGCCUGGAACCCCGAAACGUGGAGAGACAACCGGACCGGGAACAGACGUUGAAAAGUGCUUCAUGUGAUGGUGAGGUGGAAAAGGUGUAGCUUCCCGAUUGCCUUUAGUUCGCCACGAAGCAGCCGAACGGUGCUGUGAUCGCCGCGGAUUGAUCGAAAGCCCGAAAAAGGAUAUAGUGCUAUCAUGUCAGCCUCGACGAGAAAAAGAACUGCUACCGUCAGCUCCGGGAAGUCGUCGCAAAGAGGUCGGAGCAAUGAAAUGCAGGACUUCACCAUGUCGCAGCCCAACAUCAGGCGCUACUUCGAGCCAUGCGUCGCGACAGCGUCUAUGUUCCUGUACGCGCAGGGUUCGUCCAUCGUUUGCUGCCAUCACGAUACUCUCACGAUUGAGAGGAGAUUCUCAAGACAUUCGGACGAGGUCCAGUUGCUUGCAGUCGACACCCAGAGCGAAAUUGGAGCGGGAAGACUGGUUGUGAGUUACGAUGCCGGGCAGACAGCAAUUGUCUGGGAUAUCAUGACGGGUGACGAAGUAGCUCGGUUUGCUUCAUACGAGCAUCUGACGACUGCCGCUUGGAUGCGCAACGGAAAUGUUGCUUUUGGCAACACACAGGGCAACAUUAUUCUAUUCGAGCCCACUACAUCGGAGCAUAUUUCCUCCAGGACGAUUGAUCAGAUCGCAGUGACAGCACUUGCGCCUGCUGCAGACUGUCGGACGUUCGCAAUCGGUUACCAAAACGGCUCUUUGCUGGUCGCAACUCUACAACCGCGGUUCACCAUUCUUCACAACCUAGGCACCUCAAGAGCGCCUUCACCCAUAGUCACGCUUAAUUGGCAUGCCUCUUCAUCUCGUCAGAAAUCAGACAUGUUGGCUUCCCAAACACAAGAUGGUGAUCUGCGAGUCUGGAGCGUCUCCAAGUCAUACAACAGCGACGACCCCGCCAAGGUUGUGAGGAUUCUCAAGCGCACCGACAACUUUCAAGUCGGACCCAACUGGAUGGGUUGGUCGAAGAACGGCCGAAUUAUCCAGUAUUCUGAAUCGGAAACACUUUCGUGGGAUGUCCGUACUAAGCAUGUCACUUGGGACAGUAUCCCAACGCUUGAGCACGUCAGAGGUCUGGCCGUGUACGGUCCCGGCGCCAGCCUCUUCACACUCGGGGCCAACAACACGGUUCAGCAGUUCGAUCUCAACACCCCGUCCAUCAUUGUGGCCAACGUCCAGCAUCCUGCUAACCUGUUGCCACCAUCACCACCGGUCUCGAUUGAGGAACAGCAAGGACAGGAAACUUCGACAACAAUUGUCACCGACUCCGAUACUACAUCUGGGACCAUUGAAAUGGGUAUAUCGGAGAGCGACGAAGAUCACCUAUCUCCAUUCGACCGCAUUGUCGGCCGGAAGGACACGGGCACCCCCAAAGUGGCCGAUCCCUACGAUGCCGACUCGGCAAGCGCGGCCUCUAGCCGCAGCGGGCUUUCUUCGAUCUCAAAAUCCUCCGGAGGAUCUCGGACACCAGGCCGCUACCCUUCAUCAGCUAUCUCGCGGGGUAUGACUGAAAACACUUACAUCUCGGCCGGUUCUUCUUUAAGGUCGUCGGCCGCACCGUACCAGGAAAGAGACAUGUACUCCAUGAGCGGAACCUCAAUGAUGAGUGGCACCUCGAUGUCUUCAUACCGAUCCGGCCGCUCAAAGCCCUCCCGCCUGCGAAAUGAGAUUCUACCAAGCCCAGUCGAUAGCAAGGUUCAGGACCUUUUCAAGUACACCAGGAGCCGACUCAGUGAUAUUCCCUACAAGCACCCGGUCGCUGUUGACAACAGCCGUCUCACCAACGACGACCUGCGCAAGCAAAUGUUGAACACCAUCUUUGGAUGGAACAAGGAGAUCGGGGAUCUGGUCCGGGAGGAGUUGAGCAGACACAACGCCGGUUCGCCCGGUCGCAUCCUACUGAUGAGAUGGCUUGGCGAGAUUGACGCGGAUGUUAUGGCAGCGAACUCGGCCUCUAUGACGUCCUCCGAUUGGAUGUUACUGGCCCUCAGCGGGAUUGGAAGCCAAGCCUCGCAGCGCAAGCUGGGCCGAGCUUAUGUUCAGAGACUAUUGGAAAACGGCGAUCUUCACGCUGCAGCUACCAUUUUGAUUGGGAUGGGUGACCACAACGACGCCAUUGAGAUUUACGUCUCGCACAAGAAGUACAUGGAAGCCCUCAUUCUGACCUGUCUUUUCUAUCCCGCCGUCUGGGAACGACUGUCGGCUAUCAUCAAGAAAUGGGGAGAAUGGGCUGUCAUGCAUGGACAACAGCAGCUAGCAGUCCGGUGUUUCGCUUGUACUGGAGCCGAGCCCGAUGAGCCUUGGACAUCUCCUUCUGCUGCCCAGGUCACCUUCGAAAGCAUCACUGAAAACCUUAACAAGGGCAUUCCCGAGGUGUUGUCGCCGCCAUUGUCGCCCCCUGGCAUCAAUCGCGGACCUCAGAGAAGCAUCGCCAAGACAUCCGCACUGAAGCUCAUCACAUCUUUCGGUGACCAGGCCGGAAAAGUGAAGUUUUUCUCUAAAGGAGAUGGUGAACAGACUCCCAUUGCCGCGGGACCGACUCCUAUUGCGGAUUCUGCUGUCUCCCCUGGCAGCUUCGAUGUGGCCACUGCUUUUAUACGCCCGCCAAACCGCAGUCAGUUCAACACGCCCAAUUCCGCAAGAUCCGGAGCAUCUGGAUUCGGUCGCAAGCGUCUUCCUUCCAUCGGGGAAAUCCCUGGAGACCUGUCUCGCGACCAGUUCCAAGCCGUUGGCGAAGAAUCCCGACGCGCUAUGCAAGUGCGCAUGUCAUCUGCUGAGCAGGACAACCUUGCUGCCGGUCUGUCCUUGCAGAGGGCUGCCACAGCAAGUCCCAUGAUGAUGCGUGACCAGUACAAGAAGAUCACCACGCGUACAAGAGAGCCUCCCCCGCCGUCUCCUGACGCCAGGGUACUCGUCAAAAUGGAGGGCAACAAGGUCCAACGCAAUGGUUCUCGAGACCGCAAGCCGAAGGGUCUUCAUCUCGAACUCGUCGGUCUCAACAAUAUGGCUAAUGAGGUUGCUUCACCCGAACAAUCUGUAGCAUCCUCGACUCGAUUUCACUGGCCCUCUCGACGUCGCGGCCCGGGAUCCGUUACUAGCUCUGUCACAUCUCAAUCAACCACAAGCAGAAGCCUUCGGAGUAACCCUGCUGGCGGGCGGCAAGACUACAUCCACAGUCUCGACACUGCUCAGCGUCUCCAACAGCGCAAACAUCGAAGCCGACAUUCAAGUCGAGAGAGCAGGCGAGACGGUUCCCGUGGCCGCGACAGCGAUCAUGGUCGCAGCCGUAAGAUAGCUUCUCGCGAGGCCUCUGCGGAACGUGGUCGGGCAUCAAGUCGCAACUGGCCCAAGCCGAAGCGCUCACCGACGUCACCCAUUCCAAUGUCGCCUGAGGAUCUCAUCAAUCUGAGCACCCCCAGACUGCUGCCUGAGGUGGUGGACCCUGCUACCGUCAGAAAGUCUAGUAAGAGCAGGAAGGGAACCAGUCGUGCGUCUAGCCGUGGUAGUCAGGGUCGCGCCAAAAGCCCCGAGACCAAACACCGACCUCCUGCACUUGACCUUCGCGGCCGAAGCGCGGACCGAGGCGGUGGAUCUCUUGUUCGGUCGCCCUCAUCGCCGCUUCCCCUUUCAGCCAACCUGAUCCAUUAUCAAGGGUCUGAAGACGAAGAAGACUAUGUCAAGGCCGUGGUCGCACAAGAAAAUUUCAGGAACAGGCACAACAGGAGCACCAGCCAGCAUGGAUCUCGCAAGGCCCUUUCCCCUGAGCUUUCUAAAGAAUUCCCCCGGCGGGACCGAUCUGAGAGCCGCCGCCAAGGAGGUGAUAAUCUUGAUCAGUCCCGUGAUAUUGCGCUCGCCCAGUCAAAGUCACGCGCCGCCUCAACUGAGCGUGCCGGUGACUUAAAGGCCAUGAAGGAUGAAAGACAGCGCAAGAAGGAAGAAGCCGCCCGCGAGCUUGAAGAGCGACGCAAGUCGCUUGCACAGCGUCCAUCGGCACCCGCAAUUCCUCAUCCCAGUAAUAUCCGCAUCGGCAUUGAGCCGUCACCCAGCAUUGUUGAGCUCCCCCCUCGUAGUCAUACUGCGGACUCAGUCCAGAGAAGCAUGUAUGCUCGCAGCAACUCCAACAUUCACAUCGGGCUUCCUGCAACACCCAAGGCCAUGCGUCUAAUUGCCGAGUCUGAAAAGGACAAGAACAACAUCCCGGUGCCCCCAAUUCCAGCGACCUUUGCACAGCGGCAUUCCCCCGUGGCUUCAUCUCAACAGCAGUCUCCUAAGAAAGAGAGGGAGGCCGAGCUCCUUUCACUUCUCCCGCAGACGACUUAUCAACUCCCAUCGUCAGUCUACCAGCCUCCUGCCCGUGACAUAAUGACUCGCAGUCUGUCCGCCCCGUCCAUUCCUCCCGAUGCGCCUUCCCCGAAAGGACCCACCUCUCACAGUAAGGGGUUCUCUCUCGACCCGUCGACAAGAAGAGGUAAUCCAGAAGAGAUCCGCACUGUUGACGACAUGAUCCGCGCCAGGCAGGCCUCCCAGGAGAGCAACAACUACGGUAUCCUGCCGUCGCCGCCGCCGCCUCCCCCGCCGAUGUUGAAGGAGUUGCGACAUCUCGCCAUACCUCCUCCUCCACCACCGGUACCCCUUCCGUACUCUGCUCACAACAACACCGGCGUGUUUGGAUCUGGCAUGAUUGAGAUCGUUGUGGACGAUGACGACCCCACCUCCGCAACCUUCACCGCACCUAUGGACACUGUUAUCCCCGAUCUUGCUUCAUCCACUCCCCCGACUAUCAAGGGCCAUAACCGUGGCCGCAGCUUCAGUGAGCGUGACAGCAGUCUCGCUGGUCGCCUCUCUAAGGCCACCGACCGCUUUCGAUCCGGCAGCCGUCCCCGCAAGGAGCCCUCCAGUCGCUCUCGUGGUCAGGAUGACUACGACUACGCGCCUUACGAGAGCGUGCUCGUGCCAGUGAACUACGGUCGCGAUGGCAUGCGAUCUCCUCUCGCAAUGGCAGCUAAGACGCAGAAAAGUCUGCCCACUGGCCUACACCAGAAUGAGAUGAUCUGAAAAGACCCAACCUCCUGAUCAUCAUUACACUUCACAUGUUCCGAUUCGCUGCAUGGCGACAGGCGUUUCCCGAUGAUUCUUGAUUGCAUUACUUUUGUGAUCAACGGGCAGAACACGAAGACCCUUUGUGGCGCGGUGCAAUCGUUGCUGGCAAGAACAACAAAAGAGAAAAUACUCAUGUUUUGUAUACUUUGAGUCUAUCCUUGAACGAUUUGUCGAGCGCGCAGAGCGAACAUUUUUCUCCUUUUGCCUCUCAUUUCCUCUUCUAAUUAUCACCUCUUGUUUGCCUUCUUGCUUUCUCAAAUGAUGACUGAUGAUGAGCUGCACCUUGGGGUUUCAGAGGACCAGAGCCAAAACCCAAAAUACAUGAGCACACGAUACCUGUGGGAGGCAGUGUACGCGAUGAAUGGAUUGGUCUUGGAGGAAGAUGACUCUUCAAAGCAAUGAAAAGAAAAUACCAAAAGGCGGAGGAUUCCAGGAUGACACUGUCUUGUCCCGAAGCCGAAGGAGAGGGGAUUGGGGAGCGAAAUGGACCGAUCGAAAAGUGCUGAAACGUGUGUUUUACAAUGUUGCCUCGCGGCACCUUUGUUUGUUCAUCUAGUUAAAUGGCUGGGAAUUUUCACGUCUUUCUUUAUUUUAUUUUGUCGCCUGUCCCCAAGACUGCAAGACUUAGGGGUGGUUGACUGCUAUUUCCUCAUGAGUGGGUGGUGGUAUGUAGCUAGCUGCUCGUCGAGAUGGCCGUAUUCAGGCUGAAUAUUGAGACUAAUGCACCACGAUCCCGAGAAUGUGCUUGCGCAUUUGUGAUACGAUAGUAGAAAUACAGGCCCCCGCGAAUAAUCUCAAUGAUUGGCAUGGGACACAAAAACAG